AUGGAAGAAGAAAAUCACACAGAAGUAUCAGAAUUCCUCCUCUUGGGCCUCUCGGAGGAUCCAGAACUGCAGCCCCUUCUCCUUGGGCUGUUCCUGUCCAUGUACCUGGUCACCGUGUUUGGGAACCUGCUCAUCAUCCUGGCCAUCAGCUCUGCCUCCCACCUGCACACCCCCAUGUACUUCUUCCUCUCCAACCUGUCUUUUAUUGACAUCUGCUUUGUCUCCACCACCGUCCCCAAGAUGCUGGUGAACAUCUACACACAGAUCAAAGACAUCUCCUAUAUAGAGUGCCUCACUCAGAUGUACUUUUUUAUGAUCUUUGCUGGAAUGGAUAACUUCCUCCUGACCGUGAUGGCCUAUGACCGGUUUGUGGCCAUCUGUCACCCCCUGAACUACACGGUCGUCAUGAACCCCCGCUUCUGUGGCCUGUUGGUGCUGAUAUGUUGGUUCAUCGUUUUCUGGGCUGCCCUGCUUCACCUUCUCCUGGUAACACAGCUCACAUUCUCUGUAGGCACUGAGAUUCCCCAUUUCUUCUGUGAGCUGGCUCCGAUUCUCAAAGUAGCUCGCUCUGAUACUUUCAUCACUAAUAUCGUCAUGUAUGUGUGCACUGCCCUGUUGGGUGUGUUUCCCAUGACUGGGAUCCUGUUCUCUUACUCUCAGAUCGUCUCCUCCUUACUGAGAAUGUCCUCCACCGCCAGCAAGUAUAAAGCUUUCUCCACCUGUGGGUCUCACCUCUCUGUGGUCUCCUUGUUCUACGGGACAGGACUGGGGGUCUACCUCAGUUCUGCUGUGACCUCCUCUUCCCAGAGAAGCUCAACUGCCUCAGUGAUGUACACUGUGGUCACCCCCAUGCUGAACCCCUUCAUCUACACCCUGAGGAACAAGGACGUGAAGGGAGUGCUCGGGAGACUCCUCAACAGAAAAUGCGCAUUGCCUUUAUUCCCAAGGCAACAAUGA